UUUUUUUUUAAAUAAGGCAGGAACAUGGAACAGUCACCCAUCCUUUUUUCCGUUUUUGGGUUCCCAAAUUUUUUACAGUUCUUUAUCAGAGUUCCAGGACUGUGUGUGUGGAGGUGGGGUGAUUAAAGAGUUUGAAAGGUGAGUCUGAGAGACGAGUUGGUGGAAGUGCUUCCUUCUCAGGGCAGGCCGUUUCAGAACUUGGCGUUCAGUCGUUAGAAGAGAUGAAGUGGUAGGGACGCAGGGAUAGAAUGGUGGAAAGCUUAGGCAGAGAGACGCAGGGGUAGAAGGGUGGAAAGCCUAGCCAGAGAGACGCAGGGGUAGAAGGGUGGAAAGCCUAGCCAGAGAGACGCAGGGAUAGAGGGGUGGAAAGGCUAGCCAGAGAGACGCAGGGGUAGAAGGGUGGAAAGCGUAGCCAGAGAGACGAAGGGGUAGAAAGGUGGAAAGCCUAGCCAGAGAGACGCAGGGGUAGAAUGGUGGAAAGCCUAGCUAGAGAGACGCAGGGGUAGAAUGGUAGAAAGUCUAGCUAGAAAAAUGCGAAGCCAGGGAGAUGCCUGAUCUCCGGUUUUCCUUGGGUCACGUGACUCGCUCAGUGUUUGGGAUGACUUUCCUACAGGCAUGUCCAAGUUUUAAAGGCAAAACAUAUUUUGAUUUCUUCAAGCAGGAAAAGAAAGUAGCCAGAAGGCACAAAUACUUCCUAUAAAACAAAAGUUACACAAGGAAGCAAACGUGGGCAUCUUUCAGAAUCUUUCAGGCCUAGUGUAGCCAUUUCUUCCAGCCAGCCUUCCGUUUUGUGGUUACUCUAUUAUGUGCACAAGUGAUAUAGCCUGCACAGCUCCAUUAUUGAGUUUAUCUGACCAGUAUAGAACAAAGCCUAGUGAACCACACUCACGGAUUCCAUCUGCUUCUGUAGUGAGUGAGCAAGAUCAUAAACCAUGUCAGAUGAUAGAGGGAAUACGUCAGCUGUGUGCAGAUUGUCAGACAACUUGAGCAUAUCUAUAAGAAUCUUUGCUAAGUAUAUUUCAGAUGGUGUGAAUCCAAAGAGCAGGGACAAGAAUGACUUUACUACCUGCAAGUGAGGAAGAGGAGUUUGUUCCUUGGAUCCCGCAUAAUCUUUAGUCAGCCUAACUUACUCCUAUGUGACUCAGACCUGUAACUGUUUGGAAAGCCCUCCUUUACAAAGAGUGGCCUCAUUUUUCCCCAUUUCAAGUUGUUAGAACUUGUCCUUCAGAGCAUGAAGGGAUAUGUCUGUCAAAAAAUGAUUCUUUUUAUAGUAAAGCUCUGCUGACAGUUUUUGCACCUACUGUGUGCUGUGCCCUAGACUGGUCAUUGGUGUUGCAAAGAUAAAUUGAAUGCAGUCCCUUCUCUCAGGAGGCUCACAUGAUAGUAGGCAGGACAGACUCCUGAGUAGAUAAUCAUCUCAUAGAUGUUGGCAUACUUAGGAUAUUACUGGAGCAUAGAAGGGAGUCACCUGGCCUUGCUCCCUGGAGGAGGUGUCUGACCUGGUCUUAGAUGAGUGGUAUUACCUUGGUGAAGAAGGAGGGACUGGAGUUGUAGCCACCACCACAGAGUGUGGGAACUCCAGGUGUUCCUGCUGAAUGAAGGGGAGGGGUGUUAGAGGGGACGCAGGUCACCAGAACCUUCCAUGCUUGAGCUUGACCUUGAGCCUGAGGCCAGGGGUCUCAAACUCCAGGACCUGCACAGGCCAAGCAAGUCAUGUCAGUGGGUGAAGUGAACUAGAUUUAGGACAGGAGAGGAUGGUGGGGAAAGUGGUGGAUUGUAGAGUUCAUGCCCUCUCUGAAGAGGGCAGCUGCCAUUCGGUUCCAGCUGGUGGGUACUGUGUGGCAGUGUAGGCACAGAAUUCCAGGUCACCUUGUUUUCUUUUUUUGAAGUAAAGUUAGAAUCCAUAUUUUUAUUAUGUGAAAUACAAAUUUUAAAUGUGGUCAGCUAAUUAAAAAUUUAAGAAAAGGCUUCUCAUGGCCCACAUAAAUCUUUUUGUAUAUUUGAUGAAGCCCCCAGUCCACCAGGAGCUACUUUUCGGUGUGAAUGUGGGAGAGUCAUUUAAGGGUUUUAGACAUAAGUACUGAUAAUCACUGUGGCUGCUACCUAAGGUUUAAUUAUUUAGCUUAGCUCUGGAGGCAGAGAUACCAGGUAAGCUAUUGCAGCAGUCUAGGCAGGAAGUGUUGAAUUCCUGAAUUGGGGCAGUGGUGGCAGGGAUGGAGAGGAAGACUAAAUUUGGGAAGUGCUUGUGAGAUAAAGUAGUUGUGUUGGGCGGUGGAGGUGAGGGACUGAAAGAAGUCAUGGCUUGGGCGAAUGGAUUAGUGCCACCUUCAACUAAGGUAGACAGUGUGGGAAGAGAUGGUGAGCAGCUGAGAGGGAUGUGUAUGGUUUGGGGCAGGUUAGUGUGGUGUGUUGGUUGGAUAUCCUAGUGGAUGUGUCCAUUAGGCAGUUGGGUGUGUGGAUCUGGAGCUCAGAGGACAGAUCUGGGUUGGGGAUUUUAUUGUAACUGUUUAAAGUGUAUGGGAGAGGGGAAGAGGUUACUAAGAAAGACUGACUUGUCUUACCUGUUUUUCUUUAAAUCCUAAUCACUCAUUCAUUUAACACACUCCCUUCUCAUGUGAUUUUUAUUCUUAGAGAGGGCAGAUAUUAAAUAACUUAGCUAUCACUUAGCGAUUUCAGCUGUAGUCAGGGUUAUGAAGAAAAAUGGGUAUUGGAGGCCAUAUAAGGAAGAGCCUGGCCUGGUGUGGGCCACCACGGAAGACUUCCUGAGGAAGGGACAUUUGAGCAGGGCUUUGAAGGGGAAGAAGGAAUUAACUAGGUGAAGAAAGAGUAAAAAGGAGGAGUUUUUUUUUUUUUUUAAUUGUGCUUUAAGUGAAAGUGUACAGAGCAAAUUAGUUUCUUAUUAAACAACAUACAAACUAUUUUGUAACAUUGGUUGCCAACCACACGAUGUGUCACUACUGUCCCCUUCUCCACCCUGGGUUCCCUGUUGCCAUUUGUCCAGCUUUCGUGUCCCUUCUUGCCUUCUCAUCUUUGCUUUUGGAGCGGUGUGCCCGUUAGUCUUGUGUACGUGACUGAACUAUGAAGCACAUUCCUCAGAUGUGCUUUUGUUGGCCCUGUAGACCAGUCCAGUCUUUGGCUAAAGGGUGAACCUCAGGAGUGACUUCAGAACUGAGUUAAAAGAGUGUCUAGGGGCCCAUACUCUCAGGGUUUCUCCAGUCUCUGUCAAACCAGCAAGGCUGGUCUUUAUUUUGUUUGUGAAUUUGAGUUUUUUCCUGCAUUUUCUCCUGCUCUGUCUGGGAACCUCUAUUGUGAUCCCUGCCAGAGCACUUGGUGGUGGGAAUUGGGUACUAUCUAGUUGUUUUUGGCUCAGCCUGAUGGAGGUUGUGGUAAUUUUGGUCUUUUAGUCCUUUGGACUAAUCUAAGACGGAAGAGUUUUAAAGUAAAUUUUCAGCUUGACAACUAUCAUAGAUUGAAUAAUGUCCUCCCAAAAGAUGUCAACUUGGCUAGACCAUGAUUCCCAGUAUUGUGUGGUUAUCUUCCAUUUUGUAAUCUGAUAUAAUUAUUCUCCAUUUUGUGAUGUAUUAUAAACCCUGACCUCUAUAUGUUAAUGAGGUAGGGGGAGUGUGGGGUGUAUCUUGAGUUACAGCUUUAUAAGAGGUAUGACUGAUUACACCCUUACUCAAAUCACACACAUUGGUGCUUGAGUCACACCUUUUAUCUUACAAAAACCAAAAAGAGAAAAGUGAGCAGAGAGGGGAGGGACCUCACUGCCACCAAGAAAGAAGAGCCGGGAGCAGAGUGCUUCCUUUGGACCCAGGGUCUCUGUGCUGAGAACACCCUAGACCCAGGAGAAGAUUGAUGCCAAGACACACGGAGAUUUCCAAGGAACCAUGGGCUCACAGAUGUUGAAAGGAAACAAGGACCUUCCCCCAGAGCUGACAGAGAGAAAGCCUUCCCCUGGAAUUCAGACUUCCAGCCUUCUAAGCUAAAUCAGGACCAUUGAUAUUUAGGAAAACUAUGUUUAACUCUACGGAAAUCAAGUUUUCUGUUAAGUCAUUCAGUUGUUCCGGGCCUGUGAAGUUUACCAUAGAAUGGUAUUUGAAGUAUCAUACCUGUCACAAUCAAUAUUCUGAGCUGGAAGAGCUGUCAAAAAAACGUGAACUCAGUGUUGAUGAAGACUUCUGUGGUCAUUAUUUCAAGAAUGUCGAUUGUUGGACAACAAAAAAUGAAAACUUAGAUUGCAACAGUGAUUUACAGGUGUUUCCCUCAUUGACUAAUAAAGAACUAGUGCCAAAUAUCAGAAAUGUUUCAAACCAAGAAGGAUCAAUGGAUGUUGUUGCCAGAACACAGAGAGAUGGGUUUCAUAUCUUUAUUGUUUCUAUUAAAACGGAAAAAACAGAUUCAAGCUGGAAUUUGAAUGUUUCUCUUUCUAUGAUGGGGCCUCAUGGAUAUAUCUCUGCAUCAGAUUGGCCUCUAAUGAUUUUUUACAUGGUGAUGUGUAUUAUUUAUAUUUUAUAUGGUGUACUCUGGCUGAUGUGGUCUGCCUGUUAUUGGAAAGAUAUAUUAAGAAUCCAGUUCUGGAUUGCAGCUGUUAUUUUCCUGGGAAUGCUUGAAAAAGCAGUUUUUUAUUCUGAAUACCAAAACAUCAACAGCACUGGACUGUCAACCCAAGGCUUAUUAAUAUUUGCGGAGUUGAUAUCUGCGGUUAAGAGGACGUUGGCUCGUCUCCUUGUCAUCAUUGUGAGCUUGGGUUAUGGCAUUGUGAAGCCUCGUUUAGGAACGGUCAUGCACCGGGUGAUUGGACUGGGGGCCCUUUACUUUAUCUUUGCAACUAUCGAAGGCGCCAUGAGAGUCAUUGGGGGUUCUAACCAUUUAGCUGUUGUUUUGGGUGACAUUGUUUUAGCAGUUAUUGACUCCAUUUUUGUAUGGUUCAUUUUCAUAAGUUUGGCACAAACUGUGAAGACUCUACGGUUAAGGAAGAACACAGUGAAAUUUUCUUUAUACAGGCACUUUACAAAUACUCUGAUCUUUGCUGUACUGGCCUCUGUAGUGUUUAUGGUAUGGACAACGAAGACAUUUAGAAUUGCAAAAUGCCAGUCAGAUUGGAUGGAACGCUGGGUAGAUGAGGCAUUCUGGAGCUUCCUUUUCUCACUUAUCCUCGUUGUAAUAAUGUUUUUGUGGAGACCAUCAGCAAAUAAUCAGAGGUAUGCCUUCAUGCCCUUAAUAGAUGAUUCUGAUGAUGAAAUUGAAGAAUACAUGGUAACAUCUGAAAAUUUAACUGAAGGAAUAAAAUUAAGAGUCUCUAAAACGGUUUCUAAUGGAACAGCAAAACCUGCCACUUCUGAUAAUUUUUGCAGUCCACUUCUUGAGCAGAAAUUGGGGCCUAGAUCCACUCAGAGAAUCAGGGUUCUGUUUAUAUUGGCUCAGCUACUUGUCUCUAAGGAUGAAGAUUUGAAGUGGGUGGAAGAAAAUAUUCCCUCUUCAUUCACAGAUGUAGCUCUUCCAGUGUUAGUGGAUUCAGAUGAGGAAAUCAUGACCAGAUCUGAAAUGGCAGAAAAAAUGUUCUCCUCAGAAAAGAUAAUGUGAUUGGAACCCAUGUAAAUUGAAGGGCCGUCUUUCCUCAAGACUAAAGAGAGCUUUUUUUUCAUAUAGCUUAACAAGUUUUUGUUGUAUUAUCUAGAAAUCCACAUAUUAAAAUGAAUUCGGGUGGUAGGAGGGUUCUGCAACCCUUUAUAAGCUGACUUGUGAAUGUCAGUUUCAUGUCCAUUAAAUUGCCUAGAUUUGAAAAUAAUCUGAGAAAAGUAUUAUGAUAAAGUUAUGUGUGUAAAGGCACUUAGCCGAUGGUAACAGGCUUGUGGUUUUGGAAUCUUUCUUUUUUCUUUGGAAAAUAUGACAAUUCCAGAUUUUUUUUUUUAAUAAACACUUUUACUAUUCUUCUUCUAAUAUUUGAGAUAAUGUGAUUCUUCUGAGGUGUGGUAUAACAGUGUCUCCAUCUCCUAGAGUUAUAGUACAGGAUGCAGUCAUUCCUUGGACGUUUAUAGUGAUUUGAUAUUAAGUAAAGCUUGGUUGGAAACCCUGGUGGUGUAGCGGUUAAGUGCGACUGCUGCUAACCAGAAGGUCAGCCGUUCAAACCCACCAGGCGCUCCUUGGAAACUCUCUGGGGCAGUUCUGCUCUGUCCCAUAGGGUCGCUGUGAGUCAGAAUUGACUCGAUGGCAGUGGACUUGGUUUUGGUUUUGUUUUUUUUUAAGCUUGGUUAAUGUCAGAACAUAAGCAUGUUUAUGUGUUCAGUUGUGCUUGUUUUCUCCGUAAAGCCCUGGUUUGCAAAUAUUGCCGUGCAUAGCAAAUCAUGGAGUUAGGUCUUCUCUGAGCUCAGGGAAACACAAGGGUACUGUCUUCCCGGCAUGGAGAGAGAACUCUUGAGGGUCAGUGCCAGAGAUCUACUCUGUCCUUGCCCCCUGCCCCCGCCUCCCCCGGCUGCGUGUGCCUGUGCUGCUGCUGGGUUUCCCUGGGCAGGUGGGGAGCACCUGGCCACCUGGCACCCUCAGGGUACUUCCUCCCUGGGGAGAUACAGACUCAUUACCAGGGAAUCUUGAGGAAACUAGAACCUUAUCUUUUAUAUAAAAAAAUAUAAUCUUAAUAUAUUCUGUUUCAUUAAAAAUACAUAUACAUAUGUGUGUGUAUGUAUGCGUGUGUGUAUAUAUAUUUAAAUGCAUACUACAUCACUGUUAAUCUUGUAAUUUCUUAGCCUUCAACCAUGUGUUACACUUUAUUUUGUUAAUAUAUAUGAUACAUGAUUGGAGAUUUUUGUUUUAGUGUGAUUUUAAAAUGCAGAGUGUUCUAAACUGGAAAGGGAAUUGAAUGUAGUACGAAGAAAAUGUGAAUGUUCUGCUGCUUUCAUGACCAAAGACAUGGGCUAGUGGGUGUUUAGAAUAGGAAUUGAAGUUAGUGUCUAGUAUGUCUCUGAAGGAGUUCUAAGCUGGUGAAUUGAGAAGUGACUUCAGGGAAUUUUGAUUGCGAAAGCAUUAAAAACUAGUACAAACACUGAAAUACAACCUUUAAUUUCUUUUCACUGUGAAGCUGCAAAACAUCAUCUGCUUUUUCUUUCAAAAAUCUGCCUUUGAGUUUCUCAUUCACUCAUUUCACAGGGGUUAAGUUAUUUGUUUUUAGUAGUAAUGUCUCUUGACAAAAAUAUUUUCAAUAGUGAAUGUUUGGGAAGUGAAGUGUUGGCAGACAUUACUAAAAAAGGCAUGGUUUUCAUGAUCAUUGCUUUGGGACAUCUUUCCUAGGAAAAGAGUGUCUAACAGUUGUGGGUUCCAUUCCUUAUUUCAAUCUCUGCCAUAAUAAAGCGUUUCCACCCAGCUAGUGUUCAGGGUUUAUGUCCAUUGUGGUUGUGGUGUAUCCCACUUUGGCAGUUCUUUUAGAGGUGGAGGUGACCACUGCCUUCUUGUUCCUCCCAUUUUUAUGUAAUAUCCCCUGCCCCCAAGCUUUGGGGCAGAUUGACCCCCUCCAGCUCAUCGCAUGGCUCUAGUUGAAUUUUGUGAUGCAGGAUCCUGGUCUUAAAACCAGUGUUGUGUGCUGUUCAGUUGAUUACAACUCAUAGUGACCCUAUAUGACAGGGUAGAACUGCCUCAUAGGGUUUCCUAGGCUGUAAACUCUACAGGAGGAGAUUCUCAGGUCUUUUUUCCCACAGAGCUGCUGGUGGGUCAGACUACAGACCUUUCAGUUAACAGCCGAGCACUUAACCCUUGCACCACCAGGGCUCCAGCCAGUGGGAGCUGUAAGUUUAGUGAGGUGGGGGUGGAGAGUUGAUGAUGGUAAGUGUGAUAAUAAGGGAAAACUCUCUUAUAAAAACACUUCCUUCUGCAGGCAGAAAGAUAAACAAUGCUGUCUAUUUACUUCAGUUAAAGGCUGAAAUGCAAAGUUUUCUCUCCAGAGAAAGCAGUAUUUCUUUCAAAUAGCCACAUCAGAAUUUUUUUAAUUUUCUAAGGGCAUGUACUCUGUCACUUUCAUUGAUAAUUAUGUUGUCCACUGAUGUCCUGUGAGUAUUCCUACAGAGGGCCUUGUUGUUAGUUGCCUUCAAGUAGAUUCCGAUUCAUGGUGACCCCAUGUGUGCAGAGUAGAACUCCAUAGGGUCUCCCGUGCUGUGACCUUUCAGAAGCAGAUUGCCAGACUUGUCUUCCAAGGCACCUCUGGGUGAGUUCAAACCACCAGCCUUUCAGCUAGUAGUUGAGCACUUAAUCUCAUGCACCACCCAGGGACUCCUAGGUUGUUCUUAGCCCUCUCAUUUAAAUUAGGAUGGGAAUGGGGGUGGUACCCUAGGGCCACAGCAGUACUCCAUAGGAAGGAGACUGGGGAAAUAUUAUACCCAGGGCUCCUGCCUGGGUCAUCAUGCCUAGUCAUCAAGGCUUAUGGGGCCCCAGAUCAAUUUAUUCUUAGGAUGUCAUCAGAAUGAAUCUUAGUAAUGAAGACAUCUGAGGAAAAGCAUCCGGUUGUAUGUGUUUGUAAGUAAAGUGUUCACGUGUUAUUAUGCAACUCAUGUUAGAUUUAUUUGAUGUGUGAAAUUGCUGAAAAGGAAGUUUUCAUGAUUUUGCUUAGAUUAGUAUUUAUCUGCUCUAAAGGAUGAUUUGUUUUAUUUCAAAAAUAAGGAAAAAUAGGAGAAUAUGAGAAUUUUUUAAGCCUGAGAGAUGAUAGGAUGUGCCCAUACUUUUCCUAUAAUGAAAAUAAUUUUUUAAAUCUUUCAUAUCCUCUAGAAAAUGCCAACUUUCUCCCAUGAUGCAUUAUGUUUGCACUACUGUAAUGAAAAAAUGUACAUGUAAGGUUAAUUUUUAUAUUUUUCUUAAAGAAUUUGAGUCUUAGGGUAUAUGCACUAGGCUAUACAGGACUAUUUUAUAACUGAGAGAUGUUAUACUAGAUUUUUAAGUUUCUAGCUCUUGUACUUGGUUUUUGUAUGAUCAACAGCAUGCAAUAAGCAAUAAAAAAUACCAAGCCUUAUACAAAAGAGGUUUAACGUAUUGGCCAAAGUUCUAAACAUAUCCAAUGUACCUAAGUGACAAAACUGGAUUUCUAAGGAAGCGUACAUUAUAAUACAGGAGCUGAAUAUUGCAUUAAGAAUUUUGUCUAGGACUAGAAAAAUGUUCAUUAAUUUGGGGAGAAAGUUUAGGGGUUUAAGAAGUUGUGUUUUUUCUAUUUAAAAGGGUUAAAUUAUAUAAUUUGGAGGAGUUUGGUUUAAAUGUAGGACAACUGUUUGAAGGAUUUUUGUUUGAAAAGUAGAUGUAUUUUUUGUGCCUUAAUUGUUCUGACUUAAUAAAAUGCUUUCUGAAAUUUUGGAUGAUCGACUCUUGAUAAUAUUAAUUAAUACUAGAUUAUGUAAAUCUACAGGAAAUGUAGACUCCAGUAAAUAGCAGAAGGACUUAAGCAAAAUUCUUAAAAGAAGAGGUACAACUAAUAACAAACAUGGAAAAGUGUUCAGCCUCAGUAUUGAUCAGGGAAAUGCAAAAUAAAAAGGGAAAUUAAAAAAAAUCAAAUUAGCAUGCAUUUAUGUAUUCUAUUGUAUAUGUAUAAAAUCUCUUUGCUUUCAAAGUCUGAUGAAAUGAGCCACACCUAAAUUAACGAUGGUAGUGCUGGUAAUGUAAUCCAUAAAUCUUUGUGGAAAGAAAUUGAGCAAUAUGUUUGUAACCUCUGAAUAGUGUCAAUUCUGGUGAUGUUUUCAAAAAUGAUCCAAAAUACGGAAUAAGGUUUCUGCACAAAACAAAUGUUUAUUACAGCAUUAUUUAGAGGCAAAAUUAGAAACACAUGGAAUGUCAACAGUAGGAUAAUUAAAUGAAUUAUGGUUUAACCAGCUAUUUUAUGGAAUACUGUGCAGCCAUUAAGGAGCCCUGGUGCUGCAGUGGUUAAGUGCGUGGCUGCUGACUGAAAGGUUGGCAGUUUGAACCCACCAGCUGCUCCGCAGGAGAAAGAUGUGGCAGUCUGCUUCUGUAAAGAUUCCAGCCUUGGAAACCAUAUGGGGCAGUUCUACUCUGUCGUUUAGGGUCACUAUGAGUAGAAAUCAGCUCAAUGGCAUUGGGUUUGGGGUUUUUGGUGCAGCCGUUAAAUUAAGAAGAAUUUAUAAUAACAUAGAGCAACACUUGUUACCAGAGAUAUGAUAUCACAUAAAUGGGAGCUUUUAUGUGCAAAGUAGAGAAAGAAUUAAGUUGCAGUGCCCUAAGUGGUGCUCAUGUUUAGUGUUGUUGGGGUUGAGCUAGGCUGUGGUCACAACUUGAUUCCAAGAUUUCAGUGGGUUAGAACAAAAGAAGUUUAUUUCUUGAUCAUUUAACAGUUUUGGGGUGGGUAUUGAGUUGGAUAGGACGGCCUUCCACACAGACCUUCCUGGAUCCACAGUAUUUUACCAUCUUGUGAGCCCAUCAUCCCCUAGGUUCUUGUCAUCAGCACGCAGCCAGCAGAAGGGGGGAAAAGAGCCUAGGAGGUUUGGGGGAGCUAGACUUGGAAGCGAGUUAUUUCUGCACAUACUCCAUUGGCAAGGACUUGGGCACAUGGCAGUACUUCACUGCCAGUUAGUCGUCAUGUGCCUGCUGUUCUAGUUGAGUGAAAGGAGAGGGCAGAUUUGGAUGGACAGCUAAUGGCCUCUGCCACAGAUUAUUUUUGGGUAGUGGACUGUUGGAGACAUAAAACUCUAUUGCCUUUCUAGGUUUUUCCAGUUUUCUAUGAUAAACAUUGAAAAAUAAAUAUGUAAAAAAUUACAGUGCCAUAAGUAGGCUUAUGAUAUCAGAAAAUCUAGAAAUUAGUAUCUCAGUUCACAGCUUAAUCUAUUAGUAAAUAAAAUCUACCCUGCUCUACGUAGAUAGAAUGUGGAGGAUUUUCUUCAUGGAAAUUUCCCCAGCCUUGAGAGGCUGAGGUGGAGUAGUCCCAUAGGAAAAGCAGGGGCUGUUGUAAUAACAGGGAUAACAGUUUAGGGAGUAUUGAGAGUACUUGGAGAGUUAUCAGCCUUUUUUAACGAUUUUACUUUCACAAUAGCCUACGAGACACCAGUUGUCUUCAAGUCGAUUCCAACUCAGGGUGACCCCAUAUGAGUCAGAGUAGAACUGUGCUCCACAGGAUUUUCAAUGGCUGAUUUUUCAGAAGUAGAUUGCCAAGCCUUUCCUCCAUGGUGCCUCUGGUUAGACUCAAACCUCUAACCCUUUGGUUAGCACCUGUACACAUUAGCCCGUUGCACCACCCAAGGAUUCCAGCCAACAAGAUAGGCACUAUUAUACACCCCAGUUUAUAGAUGAGAAAACAGUUGUUAAACAACUUGCCAAAGGUCACUGGCAAGUAGUAAAACAUAUAAUACUGGUAGAAAGUGUCUUCGAAGGGUCAUCCUUGAAGUCAUGGGAAGAAAUGAACUUUCAUUUAACAAAUAAGCAUUUGCUUAUUUACAGGGUAUAUAAGAAAAUAUCUCAGAGUGCCUGGUGUUAGAAGUCUUCACAAGGCAGGUUAGGUUAUUACGAAAAAUGCAACAGUGAUAGUCAAAGCUGAAACAGACUUCUUCAUAUGAAAUUCAAACAUUGAAAGAUUUAUUUAUUCAUAUUGAAAUGUUAUGUUACCCAGUGUCUUAGUUGCCUAGUCCAGCUGUAACAGAACACCACAAGUGGAUGGCUUUAACAAAGAGAAAUUUAUUCUUUCACAGUCCAGUAGGCUACAAGUCCAAAUUUAGGGUGUCAGCUCCAGGGGAAGGCUUUCUCUCUGUCAGCUCUGGAGGAAGGUCCUUAUCAAUCCUCCCUUGGACUAGGAGCUUCUUCGUUCUGGAACCCCAGGUCCAAAGGCUGCACUCUGCUCCUGGUGCUUCUUUCUUGGUGGUAUGAGGUCCGGCAACUCUGCUUCUUCCCUUUCCUUUUAUCUGUUAUAAGAUAAAAGGUGGUACAAGCCACACCCUAGGGAAAUUCCUUUGACAUUGGAUCAGGGAUGUGACCUGAGCAAGGGUGUUACAUCCCACCCUAAUUCUCCUUAACCAUAUGCAGAGAUUAUGAUUUAGAACACACAGGAAAAUCACAAAAUGGAGGACAACCACACAAAACUGGGACUCAUGGCAUAGCCAAGUUGACAAUAUUUUCAGAGGACACAAUUCAAACUGUGGCACCCUAGACAGACACGGCAUGCCAUUCCUUUGCAACAAAGACCAAAAAAACUAAAACAGAUGCAAACAUCAAUCCUGGAAUCCUAGGCAUCGAAUGAAGGGAUAAAGAACUAGGCAUCGAAUGAAGGGAUAAAGAACUAGAUCAAACACCAAAUGAAAGAAAAGGAAAACAGAAUGAGGGGAGAUACAGAGUGAGGGUCCCCUACCACCUAACAAGGCACAGCAUCGCCAUCUUGGAUCACAGCCAGCAGCGACCCUGGAUGGUGCUACAGGAAGGCAACUUCAUGGAGCUCCCAACAGGAGACAGAACACUCAAGUUAUCAGAGAAACGCUUUCCCACUUUUCACCCUUCUGUCCCAUAUACCACCCCAACCCCUCCCAAUGUGCCAUGCUGUGCUGCUUGGCUAGAGAGACACUGGCCCACCGUCACUGUGGGUCCACCCAGUCCCCACCCCAUGGCUCCUGCCAUACCUUUUGUUUCUUUUACCCUUCCUUUUUUUUUCUCCCACCUAGCCCCAUACGCCACCAUCAGCCCUUCCCGACAGGCCGUGCCAUGCCACUCAGCUGGAGGGCUAAUGACCAGCCAUCAUCCUGGGCCAUCCCCAACCCACUGGUGGCUCUUGCUAUGCCAUUUUUCCCCUUUUCUUUCUCCCACCUAGCCCCAUAUGCCACCUCUACCCAUUCCCAUCUGGCCACACCACACUGCCACGAGUAGACAGCCACCAGCCCACUGCCAGCCCGGGUACAGCCUGCCCCCACAAGCUGGCUCCCACCACACCAUUUUUCCCUCUUUUCUUUCUCCAUCCCACCUAGCUCUGUAUGCCACCUAUAUCCCUUCCUGCCAGGCCUCGCUUUACUGCAGCUAGAAAGCCACUGGUCUGCUGCCACCUGGUCUGCCUGCAAGACCUGCCAGCUCUCGCCAUGCCUUUGUUUUUAUUUCUCCCUCCCACUUAGCCCAGUAUGCCAGCUCCCCUUUCAAUCACUGGCCUCCAGGUCCACCCCACCUCCACCUGCCAGCUACACUUUUUUUCCUUUUUCUCUUUUUUGUUCCCCCCUCCACCUAACCCCAUAUGCCACUCUCCCUGCCAGCACUACCUCUCCCCUCCUGAAACUGGUCUAGCUGCUGUAUGGAGAGAGGUGAGCCUGUACCACUUCCCACCUGACACCCCCACCUAUCUGGGGAGGGGCUGUGAAUACUCCCACACCCCUGGACCAACAUCAGGAAGCAGACGGCACCUGCCCAGUAUGCCCUCAGCCACCUCACCAAACUAGUGUACAGCAAAGCAGGCUUGCUCUGCUUGCUGCUGCCCUGCCCACCCAAACAAGGGAGCAAGCAGCAAAGCACACCUGGCCUGCCAGCCCUGACAUGCCAAAACAAAAUGAAGAAGCAAAUGAAUGAAACGAACAUGUAAUCAAUAAAUAUAGGAAAAAAAACGUCUUGGAGACAACAGACAAUAUCAAAAUAUACUAAAAAGCAGGAGAAGAUGGCUCCAGCAACUGAGCAAAAUAUAAAAAUCAAAUGACCUGGUAGAAAAAAAGGCAGUGGAACUACUUGAUAUGGAAUUCAAAAAACUAAUAUUUAGGGUUCUCAAAGAGAUCAAGGAGAACAGACAAAACCAAGGAAAAAAUAGAUCAAACUAUGGAAAACAGAUAAAACCAAUGAAAAUACAAAGCAAUAGUAGAAUUCAGGAAAAUAAUACAAGAAAAAAUUCAAAAUAAGCAAACAAUUAGAAAUCAUACAAAAACAGCAACUAGAAAUCCAAAAGAUGAAAAAAAUUGCAGAAAUGGACAAUAUAACAGUUUGAGGAAAAAUCAAAGAAAUGAAGAAAAUCUAAGAAUGAUGUGGGAUGCAACAGGGGGAGAAAAUGGAAAACAGGAAAUUGAGGAUUUGCUAGCAGAAAACUUCCCAAAUAUCAUGAAAGAUCAGCAGCUGAGCAUCCAAGAAGCUCAAUGAAUGGCAUAUAGGAUAGACCUGAAAAGAAACUCACCAAGAUAUUUCACAAUCAUACUAGCCAAAACCAAAGAAUCCUAAGAACAGCUCAAGAAAAACGAAAAGACACUUACAAAGCAGAAACAAUAAGACUAAAAAAAAAAAAAGAUCUGAUUAUUCGGCAGAAACUAUGCAGGCAAGAAGGCAAUGGAAGGACGUAUAUAAAACUUUGAAAGAAAAAAAAUGCCAACCAAGAAUAACAUAUCCUACAAAACUCAGAUAUGAUGGUGAAAUUAGGACAUUUCCAGAUAAACAGAAAUUAAGGGAAUUUGUAAAAAUCGAACUAAACCUACAAGAAGUAUUAAAGGGAGUCCUUCAGUUAGAGAACCAACAACAUCGGACAACAACUGAACUCUAGAACACAGGACAACAUCAGGCAGACACCAACCUAGGUAAAGAACUCUCAAUAAUAAAGCUAAAAGACAUAAAACAGUAAAACUGAGACCUCAAUCUGUAAAUGGCAACAAUGUCAAAACAAUAAAAGGGAAUAAAUGAUGUAGAUACAGAACUUUGAAAUGGAAAGAAGUAAGGUGAUAUCAAGUAAUAAAAGACUGGUUCAAACUUAAGUGUAAGUUUCAAGAUAACCAUAAAGAAAGCGAACAAACCUACUCAUCAGAAUAAAAAAAGAAGAAAAACAAUGUCUCAGUAAACACAAAAUCUAUAAUAACAAAAGAAAAUCCACAAACAAAAGGAAUUCAGCACAGGAAAGUAAAGGGACAAAGAAAAGGUCAGCACCACAAAAAAAAAAAAAAGAA